AUGGCGCCCAAACGCAGCGUCUCUUCCCAAAGAGCAGCCGCCGCUGCCUCUGAACCCGCCCAACUCCCCUCCUCGCCCGCAGGACCGACUGCCGCCGCAGCGAUCCCGGGCACCAUGACCUCACAGCCCAAGGCCAGUCCCAAGGGCGCAUCCUCCGGUGCCCAGAACUGGGACCAGGUUCUCACCAACAUCUACAACCACUACGUCAAGAACACGCCGCAGCGCACAAAGCUGAUUGACGCCUUCAUGGCCUUCCUGGUUGUUGUCGGUGGGCUGCAGUUCUUGUACUGCGUUAUUGCUGGCAACUUUCCUUUCAACGCCUUUCUCUCUGGUUUCUCUGCUACUGUUGGGCAAUUCGUUCUCACUGCUUCCUUGCGCAUCCAAACCACCGAGGCCAACAAGUCCGAUUUCCCCUCUGUAUCACCUGAGAGAGCGUUCGCCGAUUACGUCGCAUGCAGCUUGAUCCUCCACUUCUUCUGCGUCAACUUCAUAAACUAA